AUGGUACCUGCGCUCCGGCUUUCGCUCCUGAUUCUUCUGACCUUCCGGACGCCGCAGGCGUUGGAUGCGACCUUCACAAAGCCCUUUGGCCGGGAGGCCUCGCGUUUGCGCCGCGACCUGCUGAAGGGCUAUGACAGGGUUGUGCCUCCAGCAAGCGAUCGCCUGGCUCACUACAGCGGCGCUGGGACGGAGGUUGAAAUGCAAAUCAACUUCUUCAAGGCACAAGGGCUCGAUGACUCGACUGGCCAGAUGCGCCUCAAGGUCUGGGUUCGCAUGGGCUGGAUUGAUCAGCGCCUGAGCUGGAAUCCCGCGGAGUAUGGCAACAUAAGCCAGGUUCAUUUCUUGAGCCGACACAACACUGACAGGGAGAACUCAGAGAUUUGGAUGCCUGACAUUCAGCUCUGGAAUGCCAAUGUUGGUACCGAGCUCUCGCUCGACACCACGAAUGCCGUUGUGGGCAGCGCCGGAAACGUGUUCUGGAGCCGGCCCGGGUUGCUAGACACGCUUUGUAAGUUCUCCGGCUUGGUCGCCUUCCCCUUCGACCAUCUGAAAUGUUCAAUGUAUUGGGCUGGUUGGACAUUUUCUGGCGGUUUCCAAGGCAUCGAGCUUAUGGGCCGAGGCUAUGCGAAAUCCACAGAGGAAACGGCUGGGUCUUCAUACCAGGAAUAUAGCAUCGAGGCGAUAGAUGUCGAGAAGACCACCAACUUCGAUUCAAACUCCCCUAGCGAACCAUGGACGCUGGUGAAGUACACCAUCACACUGGGCCGGGCCAGUUUUUACUAUUUGCUUCUGAUAAUCUUUCCGACGGUGCUCACCACCUACCUCUCCUUUGGUGUCUUCUUCAUGUCGCACGAGGUCGGCGAGCGCCUGUCUUUCGGGAUCACCGUGCUCCUCCUUGUAGGGGUCAUCAAGGGAACCGUUGCGAAGUUCGUUCCUGUGUGCGGAGAGCUGCUUUGGAUCGAUCUCUUCAUGCUGAUUAACACGACGUUCUGUUGCCUGAGUCUGAUCGAAACCAUGGCCGUGCUUUUCUUCGCCUUCCAUAUGGAUGAUCACUUGCUCCCCGCCUGGCUCGCUUGGCUCGCUCCAUGGUGUCUUUGCCGGCCCGAAGGAAACGCCGCGGCACAGUCGAACGCAGGGCGAAUCUACCGACAGCUCAACCGUGAGCGUUCCAGCCUCUUGGACGAGAGCGCCAGGAAGGGUGGCCGACUCCAGAUGGUUUCCCAGGGCAAGCUGUCCGAGACGGACACUGCAAAGUUGAUCUUCUUCGAGAACCUCUUCCACUUGAUUGACUCCGACUCCAGCGGCCUGAUCACCAUGGAGGAGGCUGCUUGCAUGUUGAGCUUCGUCAACCUUUCGCUCUCGCGCAGUGUGCUCUUGGAGAUCCUGAGGGCCGCUUGGAGUCCCCGAGUUCUCUUCGACUGCAGCGACUUCGUCGAAAUCUGCCUGGAGCUGCUCUGGACCACGCCCUUCGAGGAGGUCAAGCUCGGCGCCGAGAACUACAGCUCCUCAAAGAACCACCACGCGAGGCGUUCUCACAGCUACUGGCUGGAGUGGUCCAAGGCCGUGGAUAAGUGGUCGCGCUUCUGGCUACCGCUGCUUUACACCAUUGCCCUUGGCUUUCUGCUCAACCUGGACAUGCGAGAUAACUACGAUUCCACGACGGGUUCAGUCAUGUUCCAGGGAGUGGGCCCUAUCCACAUGUCCCUUCCAGGUGUCCUUCAGGCCUUGAUCUCACCAACUAUUGGCUUGGUUUCGCUCUUCACGUGGUUGCAGAUGCGCCGCCUCUCCCAGAAGUGGAAGCAGCAAGAGAAAGCUGCUUUCGCCGCCGACGAAGCGUCGGGGCUGAGCGCCCGACCUCGUCCGCGCUGGACGGUGCGGGUUUCUGCCGCACAGCCCAACGACGAAGAACCGCCCAACGACAACGACGUAUCCAACUUGGAGUCUGAGAAGCAAUGCGGCCUUUGA